GAGGCGGGCAGACUGACUGCGGGGGGCCGAGACGCUGGGGAGACCGCAGCCCGCUCCGGUUUUCACUGCAGGGAGACGAUCAUCCAGGCUGUGAGCAAUGGCCUCCAAAAUCCAGAUGCCAGCUCCUGUGUGCCUGAUCGAGAACAAGGACAGGAAGUUGGUUGUCCAUCAGGAAGCCCUUCAGCUGCUCUCUGGAAUCCGUCAGCCCGUGGUGGUGGUGGCCAUUGUGGGACUGUACCGAACGGGCAAAUCGUACCUCAUGAACAAACUAGCGGGCAAGAACUCAGGUUUCCCUCUGGGCUCAACAGUGCAAGCCAACACCAAGGGUAUCUGGAUGUGGUGUGUUCCCUACCCUGGCAGACCAGACCAUACCCUUGUGCUUCUGGAUACAGAGGGACUCGGUGAUGUGGAAAAGGGUGAUGCCCAGAAUGAUUCCUGGAUCUUUGCUCUGGCCGUCCUCCUCAGCAGUACCCUGGUCUACAACAGCAUGGGCACCAUCGACCAGCAUGCCAUGGACCAGCUCCAUUACGUGACAGAACUGACUGAGCGCAUCAAAUCCAAGUCUUCGCCUGAGGGGAACCCGGAGGCACUGGAAGAUUCCGCCGAGUAUGUCCGCUUCUUCCCAACGUUCAUCUGGGCCCUGAGGGAUUUCACGUUGCAGCUGGAGCUGAACGGGCAGCCCUGCACUGAGGAUGAAUAUCUGGAAAACGCCUUGAAGUUAAAGAAAGGCAUGUCCCGUGAGGUUCACGUCUUCAACCUGCCCCGCGAAUGCAUCCGGCUGUUCUUCCCCACCCGGAAAUGCUUCAUCUUUGAGCGCCCCACCACCCGAAAGAACCUGCACCGGCUGGAGGACAUGGAGGAGAGGGAGCUGGACCCCGACUUUGUGCAGCAAGCGCUCCAGUUCUGCCGUCACGUCUAUAAGACAUCCAAGCCAAAGACCAUCCCAGGAGGGCAUGUCGUCACUGGGCGCUUGCUAGCAAACUUGGUGGAGACCUACGUGGACACGAUCCGCAGCGGGGGCGUGCCCUGCAUGGAGAACGCAGUGCUGGCUCUGGCUCAGAUUGAGAAUUCGGCGGCCGUGCUCGAAGCCACUGGCCGCUACAUGGAGCUGAUGGACCAGAAGUUGGAGCUGCCCACGGAGACCCUCCAGGACCUCUUGGGGAUCCAUCGAACUCUUGACCAAAGGAAGGAGGCGUACUGCCGGAAGAACGAACUGGAGUCCUCCGCCCGCUGCAAGGCUCUGUUGACACGGUUCUCUGAGGAACUGGAGGGCAGGAUCAACGAGGCCUUCUACUCCCGACCUGGUGGCUAUCAGGAUUAUUUCAAUGACUUGAAGGCCAUCACAGUGAAAUACCACGAGGAGUCUGGGAAAGGAGUCAUGGCAGACGUCGUCCUGCAGCAGUUCUUCAAGGACAAGGAGGAUGUGGGUAGAGCCAUCCUCCAGAGCGAUGAAGCCCUCACGGAGAAAGAGAAGGAAGCCGAAGAUGCCAGGACAAGGGCUGAGGCAGCGGAGCGGGAGAAUGAGAUCCAGAGGCAGAAGCAGGCUGAGUUGGAGGAGAAGCUGGAGGACCAGAGGCGAAGUCACGAAGCCAACAUGGAGCACCUGAAGGAGAAGAUGGAGAGAGACAGGGAGCUGCUGCUGGAGGAGCAGAACAGGGUGAUGGAGGCUAAACUCCGGGUCACUAGCCAAUGA